CCCCCUCCCCAGCUCACCCCCGUCUGCCCCACCGCGCUAGUCUGCCAUGGCCCGGGAGAACGGCGAGAGCAGCUCCUCCUGGAAAAAGCAAGCGGAAGACAUAAAGAAGAUCUUCGAGUUCAAGGAGACCCUCGGAACUGGGGCCUUUUCUGAAGUGGUUUUAGCUGAAGAAAAAGCAACUGGGAAACUCUUUGCAGUGAAGUGCAUCCCCAAGAAGGCACUGAAGGGCAAAGAAAGCAGCAUCGAGAAUGAGAUCGCGGUUCUUAGAAAGAUUAAGCACGAAAACAUCGUUGCCCUGGAAGACAUUUACGAAAGUCCAAAUCACCUGUACUUGGUCAUGCAGCUUGUGUCUGGUGGAGAACUCUUUGAUCGGAUAGUGGAGAAGGGAUUUUACACAGAGAAAGAUGCCAGCACCCUCAUCCGCCAGGUCCUGGAUGCUGUGUACUAUCUCCACAGAAUGGGCAUUGUCCACAGGGACCUCAAGCCUGAAAAUCUCUUGUACUACAGUCAAGACGAGGAGUCCAAAAUAAUGAUCAGUGACUUUGGCUUGUCAAAAAUGGAGGGCAAAGGAGACGUGAUGUCUACAGCCUGUGGGACCCCAGGCUAUGUUGCUCCUGAAGUUCUUGCCCAGAAACCAUACAGCAAAGCUGUUGACUGCUGGUCCAUCGGGGUGAUUGCCUAUAUCUUGCUCUGUGGCUACCCUCCUUUUUAUGAUGAAAAUGACUCCAAGCUGUUUGAACAGAUCCUCAAGGCAGAAUAUGAGUUUGAUUCCCCCUACUGGGAUGACAUCUCUGACUCUGCAAAAGACUUCAUUCGGAAUCUGAUGGAGAAAGACCCAAAUAAACGAUACACUUGCGAGCAGGCAGCUCGGCACCCAUGGAUUGCUGGUGACACCGCCCUGAACAAAAACAUUCAUGAAUCCGUCAGUGCCCAGAUCCGGAAGAAUUUUGCAAAGAGCAAAUGGAGACAAGCGUUUAAUGCCACAGCCGUCGUGAGACAUAUGCGAAGGCUACAGCUCGGCAGCAGCCUGGAUAGCUCAAAUGCAAGUGUCUCAAGCAACCUCAGUUUGGCCAGCCAAAAAGAUUGUGCGUCUGGCACCUUCCACGCUCUGUAGUUUCCUUUCUUCUUCGUCGGGGGUCACAGGAGUCGGAGCUGAGAGGAGACCCAGGCCCACCACUGUGACAACAGGGCACACUGGAAGCAAGUGACCGGCUCUGGAGGUGGGACCCAGAGGGCAGAGCCGGGGAAGGGGAAGCCCCAGGCCGGAGCAGCUCCAGCAUUGGAGACCCCACCCACCCUGCAUGGUGCGCCUGCAUAGGACUGGAAGACAGAAGUUUUUUAUGGCCAUAUUUUAUACUGCAAUUCCGAUGUGUUCAUUUCUCACAAACUGUACUGACUCAAGGGGAGCUGACUUCACAGGAUCUGGUGCUGUACAUACGAAUCUUGCAAAGCUCUAACUGAAUGGACCUUCUUGCUCCCCUCCCCCAACUCCACCACUUCCAUACUCUCAAGUGUAGGCAGCCAUCUAGGGUGUAUUUUUUCAUGAAAAAAAAAAAAGUUUCAACUGGAUUAUUUAAAUAUUGGUAAAUGUUGUGCAUUAGGAUUUUUUUCUUUUUGAGACGUGUCUUGAUCUCUGCCAGUUACAUGACCUCUCUCAUCUGCUUUUUAAUGGUGAUUUUGUGUUACCUUUAAGAGAUUUUUUCCCUCCAAGAGGAGUUAAAAAGGUAUUUUUUAAAAUUCUAAGAGGGUCAAGAAUCUGUCUCCAAGGCUGAGUGCACUUUACUUGUGUCUCUUUGCCCUCUGUCCCUUCCUGGUGAGGUCACCCCAGUCCCCAGUCCCUGGGUUGGCUUCUCUCCAGGUGGGUUUUGGCAGGGAACCUGCAGAACACCUCACCAGCAGCUUCCUGGAGAACCCCUCACCAACCAAAAAAGAAAUAAGCUUAUUUCCUCUGCCCUCAACAACAGGCUCUAUAUUACAGGUGAACUGCUCUGCAGGGACAGGGUCCCCACAGGGUCUAGGAGCCUCCCUUACAGGCUGGACUAACCACCAUCUUGCUUUUAAGAUGUACCAUACACAGCUCUCAUUUCUCAUGGUGAAUGAUAGAUGACACUCUGUUCUCAGCUAUGCACUUUUAAAACAAACCCAUGUUUGCUUUAUUUUUUAAAAUUCAUUUCUAAUCCUACACUUCAAAUGGCCUCUAGGACACACAUUUUUUUUUACCCUUGUUCUCUCAUGAAUAUUAUCAGAGAGAGGGCACAGAAAAGGCCUGGAAGAAGAAACCCUUUGUUAGUUAUGAAAGACACCAUUUGAGCAGGAUACUGCCUACCUCAGAGAUGGCUGACUCAGCAAGGUCCACCUGGUGCACCUUCCUUUACAUCAGAGGAAUCUAAAAUAAAAAGUAGCUGGGGUAGUCAGGCCAUUGCAUGCCCUGGUUUGCCAGGGACUGAAGAAUUUCCCAGGAUAGGAGACUUGAAGGAUAAAAUCCAGAAUGUCAUGUGAACACCAGUCCAUGUCAUUGACCUGCACAGUGACUAGAUAUGCAAGGAGAGCAGGCACAGGAUGUAGUCCAGGGCAAACAUUCUCUGAGGAGGUUCUCAGAGACUUAGGCAGGUAGCUCAAAUACCAGUUCUGCCAACAUUCCCCUUUAAGUCUCAUGUCUGUCUAAGGCCUGAGCCUUGUCUAUAGUCAGCUGAAGCCAAUCAGGGUGGGCUGUGAUAGGUCUCCCUAAUGGCUCAGGGACAGUCCUGAGGUUGUCUCAUGCUCCUCUCAUGUACUUGCCAGCUAUAGUAAGUCCUGAUGGGCAAGUAAAUCAUCCGUGUCACUUUUGCCCCCAGCCCUCCCCAGUGUACAUGCCACACACAUACAUUUACACACACACACACACACACACACACACACACACACACACACACACAUACUGUCACUAGGGAGGCAGCUCCAGUCUCCCAAAGAACACAGUGCAAGAAAUAUAAAAGCAAUUUCAUAGUCAGACAUCUGGUCUACCUGUCCUACUUGUAUCAUAAGCUCCCAAAAGCUUAGUGAGAAUCCUGCCACACAAGCCCAAAGAGUAGCAGUUGAAGCUAUCAUUUCAAAAUCUAUAAACUUCUGGGAAGAGUUUCUAAAACAACAACAGGCCCAAUUAGAAAGCAAAUGCCUCUGAGUAAGGAGACUUAUACAUCUACUCCACCCUUCAGAAAGGCAAUGAUAUGAAUAUUACAAACAGUAUUUAAGAAAAUCCAGAAGUAUCUCUAAAGAAGUUUAUAGGAUGUUUCCUACCAACAAGUAUCAUGGGAAUAUUUAAUUUCAUGUAAUAUAAGAAAAAAUACAGGUGUGUUUGGUGGGCUAUAAUUAUAACACUUGGGAGGCUGAGGCAGAAGGAUCUCAGUUACUACACAUCCUGAGCUAAUUAGGAAAUCCUUGUCUCUAAAAGGAAGAAGGGGGGAAGGGACGGAGAAAGGAAGAAAGGAGGUAGGUUGAUUGGUUGCUGCAGUAGGCAAUUUUACCUGAGUUUGACACCUUUCAUGUGUUAACCCUUUAUGCUGUAUGGUACACAUAACUAUUUGCAUCUACAAAGUAACAUUAUUAUUAGCAAUGGAAGUUCAUAAAGCUGAUAUAUAGGUACACAGACUACAAAUAAAUACAGAAAAGUUGAAGAAUGAGCCCUGGUACAGGUGUCUACCUUUCAAUCAACUAUGCUGGAUUCAAACUUGACACAUCAGGUCUCCAUGAACUGGGAUAAGAUGAUUGCUAGUUUCAGCCCAGUAGCAGAUAAGGUUGUACAUGUCUUCAGGAAGCACAUACAUAAUGUCACUAACUUGGGUUAUUUCCUACUGUUUUAAGAAAGGUGAAAAUAAGUACCACCUGAGUCUUCUACUCUAAGAAAGUCAGCAUGGUAGAAAGACCAUGUUGGUGUCAUUUUAUAAUAAUAUAUAAGACCUGGAGUAGACUUAGUAUUCACACCUGGAAAAUGGGGUGGCAAAGUCUUGGCUUCCUUACUCUUAUUAGAUUCCACUGGCAUAGGCUGAGCAUUUCACGCAUGUGGACACACAGGACCCUAUCAGACUGCUUUCCUAAUAUCAAGCUCUUGCCACCACCCCCACUAUAGCUCUUUGCAUUUCCUGAGCAAGUGGAUAUUUAUUUCUUUACUUGGUUAUGAAAUUUUGAAGUAUUUCCAGAAUAGUGUUUCCUUCUGCUUCCUGCCUGACCCGCCUUCUUUCCCUGGCCUUCACCCAGGAAGGAAGGGCAGGUAACAUUCAUCUAAAACCAACAGUGAAAAGGUAUGGAGCCAUCUUCAGCUUCAACAAGGCCGAUAGCUUGUCAUUCUAACCAUGGGAUCUGUGGGGUUGGAGUUUUGUAUGGGAUUUAGGGAGGGACAGAGACAGUGGGAGGCUGGAAAGCAGGGUCUACCACAAAACCCUUAAGGAAAUGAGAGCUGCUCAGUGACUGAGGCAACAACUGCAGUGUCAAGGGCCUUUGUAACAAGCACUGGCUGCUUUUUACCCCUUCCUACUGCCUCUCACCCCAAAGGGACUCUGACUCCAUAAGAGCAGCUGCCACUCACUGGACUCUGGAGAAGGCAUUGAAACAACCCAAAAGGUAUGGAUUCCUACCCCUGAGUUUGAUUCUGGAUCACUUCAAAAAUGCCACCGUGAGUGGCUUACCACUUCAACUGUGCCCGACUUCAUCUAAGAUGGCUCCUUAAGAAGACAGCUGCCUCCAUUUGCACAUUAAGUUGCAGUUUUGAGAGACUUCCAAUCUUCAGAAAUCUCUGAAUGUGGUAUCUGCAGAACACAGCAGUUAGCUCAGUGAAUCCCAGACUCUGUUUACUUACUUAUGCUUUUUUUGUUUCUACACCUUAAUGCCCACUGGAUAGCUUAUAAGUGGCAGAGUGAACUGGCCUUUACAUCAUAGGCCAAGAACAUUGUGGACACUGGAGAAGGAACAAGCUGGUCCCCUCUCGAAAGGGUUGACCUCCUAUGGGAUGUGAAACUUGGUAUGGUCAGCACUUGGGUUUGAUGUUUCAUGAGCAUGUUUAAAUAGUGGAAGCCCACCAAGUGGGAAUGGCUGGGAUUUUAGAGAUCUGGGAAUCAUAACCCUGUGGCCUACUGAGAACUAUGGCCAGAACUGACCUUUCUCGCUGGGGUAACCAUACUGGUGCCAUCAUUCCAGGCUGCAGACAGGAGACCUGGGGCCAGCACCUCUUCCAUGCAAGAUUUUCACAAGUGAGGUGCUGGGUUUUCCUAGGCCAUGAGAAAGGAAGGUGAGGGCUGGUGAAGGACAGCUAGUUCUGUUUUUCAUAACCAGGUUUGCACAAUCACUCCCAGCAAGUGAGAUGCGGGCCCCACUUGCAUGUCCUACAGAACCAGGGCUAGGUAAUUUGUCUUUUCCUUAAACACAUUCCAGACCAAACACUGUUCAGUUUGUUUCCAACAUUAAAAACUAAUGUAUAUAUCUGUAUGUAGUCUGCUGUUCUUUAAGGGGUUACCUGGUCCUAAGUUGGGACUGCAAGCAGAAAAGGCAUUCCAAUCCUUAAGUUUUCAGAAUUGAAAGUUUUGAGGUGUUUCUUUUUUGUUUGUUUGUUUGGUUGGUUGGUUGUUUUUUAAGCCAAGCUGGGGAAGCAGAUUUCUGAAAGGCAAAUUUACUUUCUGUUACCUCUACAAAAAUUUGUGUGCAGGGGAGGUAGCUUGGAAACUUCAGCCCUGGGUAACAGACAUGUCUAAGGAAGAGAGGAAGAGGAAAGGCCAUACCCCAUCCACCGGGUCCUUUCUUGGUGGUCUCAGUGCAUCAAGGUCUGCCUGCUGCUCUGGUGUGUGCACAGGAACCCAGCCCCACUGUGAAGUUGGCCCUGCAUGUUGACCACAGCCUAGCCUGCCUUCUGCCAGCAGUCAAAGUCUUCACAAUCCACAGAGACAACUUAGCCCUGUGUAGACUUCCCUGUAAACUCCAGUGGGAGCAGCUCAGCUUGUGGCUUUAGGGUUUCUUCUUUUGCAAACCUGAAGGCUGCGCAUUUGGAAGCCAAGCAUUCAGUUCAGCAUGUGGCUGCCGAGUCUGAUUUUGUGGACAAAGCAAACUGUGGAAUGGCUUCUCUGUGUCUGUAUUUUUCUAAGCCAAAGGGACAGACAAUUGCAUUGACCCCUUGUACUAAAGCUGCUUUUGCAUUCUCUAUACCCAUUUUUAACCUUCUUUGUCUCUGGGAAAUUUGUUAUAUGAUUAUCGUGUCCUCUGAUGAUUUACCAAACUGUUACAGGUGAUUUUAUUUUCCUUAUGGAUUGGAAAAAUAGAAAAUGAAAAAUGUGUUUGAGACUUUUAUCAGAGACAUCACUCAUAAGUCCCAAACACUAGUUAACUUGCUUCUCAAUGGAAAAGUUCUUAGUUUGAAGAGACAAGGAUUCUGAGGCCCUCCUGGAUAACCCUGCAUUUUGAAGGACAAAGCCCUGGGGGCAGAGCUGGCAGUCAGACUACAAAAGAGAUGAAGAAGGGACUAGCAUCAUCUCAGAUGUUUGUCCCAUACUGGGGAAGCUGUGGUUCUCCUUGCAAGACACUUGACCAUUCAUUUCUGGGCAAUGUGACAUGCCGCCUAAUAUCACAGCAGCAUCUUCAGUUUGAAAGACUGCAUGUGUCAGUGAAAAUUUAUCUUAGUCCCACAUUCAGGUGAGAAGACACCAAAGGUACAUUCUUUCCAGAACAUCCAUUGGAUCAAUGUCUAAAUUGGCUUCUGUGGCUAUGUAUGAUGUAAUUGGCCUUCAUCCAGCUCUCUCCCAACAGUGGGCAUGUUUUCCCAACAGCUUCCAUAAUCAAACCCAGGAUUGGCCCCACUCACUAUUACCAGGCUUGCAAUUGGUUUGAUUUUUUUUUCAUACAUGCUUGUCCAAAAGGAAAAAACAAAAACAAAAAAAAAACUUUUUUUAAAAAGUAAAAGAAGGGAAACUGUGCAUUUAUCCCAUGCAUGUAAUAAACUCUGCAAGAAGUUUAACCCCCCCCCCAUAGGUUUGCGGCACUGCAAAAUUGUUCAUGGGUCUAUGUAGCAAAUGAUUCUCUGCCUUGACAAUCAUGUAUACAUAUCGAUUUCUAUCAUAAUGAUAAUGAGAUUGAUGACUUCUUGUUUUCCUCCAAUAAAGAGAAUUAAUCACCUUUGGA